AUGGCUUAUUUUGGAAAUAAUCAAUAGCGUGGUGAAUUAUAAGAGUUGUAUGCUGAUUUGAAUGACUUAAAUUUUGAGAAAAAGAAAGAAGCUGUAAAGAAGGUUAUUGCAUACAUGACAGUUGGAAAAGACGUGUCACAAUUAUUUUAAUCGGUAAUCAAGUGUCUUGAGUUUUAAGACAUAGAGAUGAAAAAGUUGAUUUACUUGUAUAUAGUGAAUUAUUCUCGUUAAAAACCAGAUGAUGCCAUAAUGGUGAUCUAAAAUUUUAGGAAAGAUGUUCGCAAAUCAGAAAAUCCAUUGGUGAGAGCUUUGGCAAUACGAACAUUUGGUUGUUUGAGAGUUCCCAAAUUGAAUGAAUAUUUGAUUGAGCCACUUAAAGAUUGUAUUUCAGAUGAUGAUCCUUAUGUACGCAAAACAGCUGUCUUAUGUGUUCCCAAAGUAUUUGAAGUAUCACCUGAAUUAUGUCCACCUGUACUGGAGUAAUUGCAGAAACUAUUGGAAAAGGAAUCAAAUGCCUUGGUUUUGGCAAAUUUAAUUUAGUCCAUGAGAGAAAUUGAAGUAGUUAAUGGAAAACAAUUAAUUCUAAUGAAUCCAAAAAUUAUUCAAAAACUGCUAUUGGCUGUUGACGAGUGUAUGGAAUGGGGAUAGAUCUUCAUUCUUGAUUAUUUGGCUACUUAUGAUCCUGCUGAUUCAAAAUAAGCCGAAAUUAUUAUUGAAAGAACAUUGCCAAGAUUGAGUCAUAUCAACCCUACUGUAACCUUUUGUGCAGUCAAACUCAUCCUUAAAUAUUUAGAUUAUCUUGAUAAUGGAGAUCUAGUCAAGAAUCUUUGUAAAAAGAUCUCUCCUUCCCUUAUUUCAUUGCUUUCUUGGAAUCAAUCUGAGAUUUAGUAUACCAUUCUAAGAAAUAUAUCGUUGAUACUAUAAAAGUUCCCUAUUCUAUUUGAAAACGAAGUCAAAGUCUUUUUCUGUUCAUUCAAUGAACCAUAUUACAUUAAAUAUGAAAAGUUAGACAUUAUGGUUAGAAUUUGUGAUUCAAAAAAUUUCACUUAAGUCCUGAACGAAUUAACGAUUUAUAUUAAUGAAGCUGAUCCUCACUUUGUCAGAAAAACCAUUAAAUCAAUUGGUAAAAUUGGCAUGAUGUAUGAUAAAGCACUUAAUGAAGCUGUUUCAAUCUUAGUAGAAUUUGCAAAAAAUGUCUAAUAGGCCACUGAACCUGUUCAAGAAUUAUUCAUUCAAAUGCAGAUUCUCUACAGAAAAAAUCGAAAUCUAUAUAAGACUAAUGAUAGUCUUAAAAUACUGUUUAACAUCCUUGAAUAUGCGAAUGAAGCAGAAGCGAAAAGUGCAUGUGCUUGGAUUGUUGGAGAGUUUGCAGAAUUCAUUCCAAAAUCUGUUGAAAAGAUGAAAGAAUACAUUGAUAAUUUCUUAAUUGAAGAUCGAUUGGUUUAGCUAUAACUGUUGACAUCAGGAGUUAAACUCUACAUUAAAUAUCCUUCAUAAUGUUCAGCACUCAUUUAAUAGCUUAUCAAUUCUGCUAAGGAUUCUUUCAAUCCUGAUGUCAGAGAUAGAACAUAUAUUUAUUGGAGACUUUUGUCUACUGAUCCAGAAGUAGUCAAGAAUUUAGUUUGCUCUGCUCCUAUAGGUUCUUCUCAAUUUUAAAAGGAUAUACGUUUGUGGGAGACUAAGGAUUUAAUUAUUGCCUUAGAAAAUAUGGGAAGUAUUAGCAAUCUAUUUCACAAAUUGCCAAAUUAACUGUACAAAAAUAUCAAAGUUAGAAAUAAUCAUCAACAAGAAGCAAAAAUAUAUAAGGCUGAUGAAAAAUAAGAAGCACCAUAGAAAGAUUAAGAAAUUAAAAAAAAUGAUUAAAAUUAAUAAUAACAAUAAUAAUAAUAAUAGCAAUAACAAUAACAAUCACAAUAACAAAAAUAAGAUUUUGAUCUAUUAAAUUUUGAUGAACCUGUUUCGAAUAAUAGCAAUAACGCAAACAAUAAAGUAGAUGUGUAUGAUUUAAUUUGA